UUGUUUCUCCCACGUUGGGGCUACUUGUUUUAGGGCGCACAGCCUCGGCUUCGGAAGGGGGUGCUUCCCCCACCGGGAACCGGGAAUUGCUGCGCAGCGCGCACGAGCAGCCAGAGCCCCGCGACAUAGCUCCUUUUGUGACAUCAUUGACUUGGAGUCUUUCCUCUUUGCCUUCAAUAAUCUUCAGGUGUCAAGACUAGCAUCUGUACAUUCCAGAAUGGAGAUCUCCUCCCACCAGUCACACCUCCUGCAGCAACUGAACGAGCAGCGCAGGCAAGACGUGUUCUGUGACUGCAGUAUUCUCGUGGAAGGCAAGGUCUUCAAAGCGCAUCGAAAUGUCUUGUUUGCUAGCAGCGGCUACUUUAAGAUGCUGUUGUCCCAGAGCUCAAAGGAGACGAGUCAGCCGGCCACAGCCACGUUUCAGACCUUCUCCCCGGACACCUUCACAGUUAUCCUGGACUUUGUCUACUCCGGCAAACUCUCUCUUACUGGACAGAAUGUCAUAGAGGUGAUGUCCGCCGCGAGCUUCCUUCAGAUGACUGAUGUCAUUAGUGUAUGCAAGACUUUCAUUAAAUCUUCCUUGGACAUCAGUGAGAAAGAAAAAGAUCGCUAUUUCAGCCUCUCCGAUAAGGACAGCAGCUCGAAUGGUGUGGACCGCCCCUCUUUCUACAGUAGCAGCUGGCAGGAGGAAAGCGCAUCUCCCCGUUCUCACCUGAGCCCAGACCAAGGCCCAAGUAUAGUAAGUGGAAAGUUGUGGCCCAAGUACAGUUACCACGCAGCGCCCCAAAGGAGUGCUCAGCAACCGUUGGCCAACGAACACAGGAAGGAUGCCCUUAAAAAGACCAAGCACUUGAGACUGUCGCAGCCUUCUCAGCCUGUUCAUCUUAAGUCGGGUAAAGCAGAAGCACGGGCGUCCGAUUCCUCCAGCCACAUUUCCCAGUCUGAAGAGCAAGUACAGAUCGACGCUGAAGUAGACUCUGCGCCGGCUGGCUACCAGUACAGCCAAGGGUCUGACGUCACAUCCAGGAGCUUUCCAGAUGAUCUGCCCAGGCUGCGAUUCAAGUGCCCAUACUGCACGCAUGUUGUGAAGCGGAAAGCAGACCUCAAACGCCACCUGCGCUGCCAUACAGGAGAGAGGCCCUACCCGUGCCAAGCUUGUGGGAAACGCUUUAGCAGGCUGGACCAUCUGAGUAGCCAUUUCCGAACAAUCCACCAGGCAUGCAAACUUAUCUGCAGGAAAUGCAAACGCCAUGUGACUGACCUCACAGGACAAGUGGUCCAGGAGGGGACCAGGCGCUACAGACUGUGUACCGAGUGCCUGGCCGAAGUCGGCAUCGACAGCCUCCCUGUCGAGCUGGAGGCCGAGCAACGUUGCAUGUCCCCCGCGGACGGAGAGAAGGAUUCCAGAUGGCAUCUGAGUGAGGAAGAGAACAGAUCCUAUGUGGAGAUUGUAGAGGACGGGUCUGCCGAUCUGGUCAUAAAACAAGUUGAAGAUAGUGAGGAGGAGGAGGAAAAGGAAAUCAAGCCCAACAUUAGGUAGCCUGAAGCGUGACUAGUGACUCGUCACCGAGCUGGCGUGCCUGAGUUUACAAGGACAUCUGUAUCUCUCCGUUGAUGGAUUUCUCCUGCUGACUUAGAAGUGACCUGAUGUAACUUGCAUGCUUUCCGAAUAGGUCAUUGUAUCCAUUCUGAACUGUCGCCCUGAAAUACAUCGCUGCUCCGGGAAGACCUUGCUUGCACUGGCAUGAUGGAUGAUCGGUUCCCCUUUCUGUUAUUGUGCAGAUGCCAUUUUCCUUAAAUAUUGGAAAAAUCUAUUUAGCAAACUUUUUUGAGUAAAUAUUUUAAAUAAAUCA